GCCGCGCUCACAGGGUUGGAUGGGGCCCGCAGCCAGGCAGGGGCUGCCGCUGGGGUCGAAUUCGGGACUCGGCUAGUCGGGUCUGGAGCGCGGGGGGUUUGACUGGGCCGCGGCGCGGCUGCUGGUGUUUCAGGGCAGGGGAUCGCAGCGCCUGGAGCGGGCGCGCCGGGUCCCUGUCCCAUGGCGUCUGUGCUGCCUCAUCUUCUUUGGAUAGAUUUCUUAUGAUAUGGAAUUUGAAGCCACAGUCCAGAGCUUUCAGAUUUGUGGGUCACGUGGAAGCUGUGACCAGUGUACAGUUUUCACCAGAUGGGCACCUCAUGGCAUCUGCUUCUCAGGAUCGGACUGUUAGACUAUGGAUUCCCUGUAUUCAUGGAGAAUCUUCAGCCCUGAAAGCCCAUACUGCACCUGUCCGUAGUGUGAACUUCUCACAUGAUGGCCAGUUCCUAGUUACAGCGUCCAAUGACAAAUCAGUAAAAGUAUGGAGUGUCCACCGGCAGCGCCUUUUGUUUUCCUUAUCCCAGCACACACACUGGGUUCGCUGUGCCAAAUUUUCACCUGAUGGAAGAUUAAUAGCAUCUUGCAGUGAGGAUAAAACUGUUAAAAUCUGGGAUGCAGCAAAUAAAAUAUGCAUUGAUAGCUUUACAGACUAUGAAGGGUUUGCAAACUAUGUUGAUUUCAAUCCAAGUGGUACAUGUGUAGUUUCUGCAGGUUCUAAUCAUACAGUGAAGCUCUGGGAUAUUCGAAUGAACAAGUUACUGCAGCAUUACCGAGUUCACAGAGGAGGAGUUAAUUGUGUAUCAUUCCAUCCUUCUGGUAACUAUCUCAUCACUGCUUCUACUGAUGGUACCCUUAAAAUUAUGGAUCUCUUAGAAGGAAGACUUAUAUAUACGCUUCAUGGACACAAGGGACCUGUGCUUUCUGUGGCCUUUUCCAAAGGUGGGGAAAAAUUUGCAUCAGGUGGAGCUGAUGCACAGGUAUUACUGUGGAAGACCAAUUUUGAUUCAUUUAACUAUAAGGAAGUUCUUAAACAACAUAUUAGAAGAAUACAUACUGAUGACCCACCUCACCUUCUUGAUAUUUAUCCAAGAUCACCUCAUCCCCAUGAUGGGCAAUCUCAGUCAAUUGAAAUAGAUCCUAGCUUCGAUGUGACCGAUACACAAACGCUUGACCCACCUGUCGUAGAUAUUAGUUCCUCCGUGUAUUUCAGUUCUCCGUCAAGGACAACUGGCUCUUCAAAUGGAGUUUCCCUAUUCAAAGAUGAUAUGAGCAGUGAAGAUCUGCGGUAUCGUCCUGCUUUGUUCUCACCCGCAAGCUCAAGAAGGAGGCUGGAGGACGAGGUUGAACCAGCUGUGUGUACCGUGGACAAGCGCAUAGGCAUCUCGCCAGCUCUGGGUAAUGCUUUAGAGCACAUUGUGGAGCAGCUGGAUGUUUUGACUUUAACUAUUUCAAUCCUGGAGCAGCGAUUGACUUUGACUGAAGAUAAACUGAAAGAAUGCUUAGAAAAUCAACACAAAAUGUUACUUCAAGCCAGGCAAGGAGAAUAAAAAGUACAAAUGUAGUUGAUCUGUACUGAUGAAUAUGUUUCAUACAUUCUCAGGGAACUAAUAAAUGAUGAUGCCUUAUUUAAUCUCACAAUAAGCAAAAAGCAAAUUUUGUCUCUUAUUUUAACCUAUUGCUGUAAGGAGAAAAAAGUGGAAAAAGCACAUGCAGUAUAUUUUAAAAAUAUAGUGGCAAACUAACGUUUGGUUAACAUAUUUAAUAAAAUGUAGUUUAGCAGAAGAUUAAUACAGUUUUAAUACACAUUUUGGGUGACUCUUUGACAUCCAUAGAGUGAGGAUUUCACUCUUUAUUUUGUUUGUUACCUCUCAACCUUUCAUCCUCAUUACAUUCUACCAGUUGGCAGCCUAUACUUAAAUAUUUUCCCAGGCCUAAGAACCUUUUUUAAAAGCACUGAACAACAAACUAUGCAAUUUUAGAUGGAAGGCAUUUAUUGUGAAAGGAGGUAAGGCAGCUUUUUCAACCUAAGUGAGACUUACUUAAAAUGAAGUUGCCUUAAGAACAGCAGGUAGAAAUUAUACCCAUAGAGAAGUGACAAGACCU